GCCAGUGAGCCCUCUCUCUCCCACACACACACACACACACACAUACACACACUGCUCUGAUAAAGAUGUGAAAAUGGCGGAGUUACAAAUGCUUCUGGAAGAAGAGAUUCCAGCGGGACGAAGCGCUCUCUUAGACAGUUUUACUAACCUGGAGAGGGUAGCGGAGUACUGCGAGAGUAACUAUGUCCAGGUAGGCGGAGACAUUUAUCCGAGAAACUUGGAGAAAUGUGUGUUUUUGAUGGAAAUCUCUGAGAGAGGGGCGAGCUGAGGCUAGGAGGAGAGCUGAUGCUAACGCUGCCGCCGCUGCUGCUGCUGUUAGCUGCUCAGCCUGCCUGAGCUAGCGCGAAAACAACCCGCUGUCAUGACUUUUUAUUUGACAUUUACGUUUUACAUUUUUAAAUCUACUAUUUGACUUUGUCAGGAGGUACCAGCUGUUACGAUGUUACUGUAUCCUCAUGUUUCUAACAUUGUGUGUGAGCAGUUCAUCCACCGAGUGCUAACGCGUUAGCCUGUUAGCUAGCCAGCUGCUCGGGAUCACCCCCCUCAGUCCAAAAUCCGGUUCUCCUGCUCUCCAGGGGAUCGACUACAGCCCGUCACCGAGGCCAGCUGAUCAUGUACCGGCUUUAGAUGUAUGUCGGGAUUAGAGCAGAUGAAACUGCAGUGAUGUGAGGCUGACAGAUGAGAAACCGCUGUGACAGGUUUUCCAUCUGAUUUAUGAUCCUGCACCCAAACCCAGAAACUGAACAGGAGGGCUGCUAGGACCGGAACCAGGACCGGGAUCGGGAAGGGUAACCCCCCCAGUAACAAGUAGAAGUGAAACUACCGGUCUGUGAGUGUAGUAAGAGUACAGUGGUGGUGUUAAAGCGUGUUUUCCUUCACUAACAGACGGAUUUACUCUACAGUCAGUCCAGGCUGAAGGGAUUGAACACGUUUGUGUGUGUGUGUGUGUGUGUGUGUGUGUGUGUGUGUGUGUGUGUGUGUGUGUGUGUGUGUGUAUCUGCAGCUUCAUUUACCGGUGCUGGACUUCAGAGAUGGACCCUGCACACUUCCAGUUUUCCCCAAACCUUUAAAGACUUUUCCAGAGACUCUGAACUAGGGCUGGGCGAUACGGGCAAAAGUUUAUCAGGAUAUAAUUUUUCAUUUCUGUCGACAUCGAUAUAAACUACUGUAUAAAGAAAUAAAUUUUUCAUCUAGAUUAUUAUUGUUUUAUUGCCCAGCCCUACUUUAAACUCAAACUUUAAAUAAUACUGAGUACCAAAUACUGAGCUGAAUCUCUGAAAAUCUCUAAACCUAAUGUAGAGUCUCUCUUUCAGAGUUUUUGGUUAGAUCCUCUCACUCCAGACUCUGCAGGCCUGUUGUCUAAAGGUUCGACUGUAGGACCACAGAGUCAGAGGAGGUUUGACUGAGCGUGAUGCUGAAAUUUGACAUCCUCGAGGAACAGGGCUGAUCAGGUCUGACAGGUCGCCCUGCGAAGGCGGCUCCUUGGAUGUUGGCAGCUUCCUCGUCUGGCAUGCUGCCCUGUUUUCUUUGCAUGCUGCCAGGUUCUCCCAGCUGCUGUCGGAUGGGUUUUCCCACUUCUAGAUCAGCUGGACCCAAAUCUUUGUUGUGGAGGAUUUACCAGGAUACCUGGUCUCUGGCUCUCAGGCCUGGUUUACAUCCUCACUGUGCCACGUCUGAGUCUCAGCCCGGUUUAAUGCUUCAUUAGUCAUGAAGGAGUGGACACUUGUUGAACUUGUUGGCUUGAAUCAUAAAAGCUUCUGUGAACAGGACGGUGUGGAUACUUGAUUAACCCUGUUGGACUUUAAAUCCCACAGGUGUGUAAAGUUAGACCCCCCUCUCAUUUUCAGCCUGAUGUUUUGUGUUAUAGAGUUAUUUGUUGUUACUGUGAAUGACCAUGGUUAGACUGCUUGUUGUGUUUGGGCAGAGUGAUAGUGAAACGGUGGAGAACUGCUGUGUAAAUGCUUUUCACACACUCCGAUUUUGGAUGCACGGCGGGCCUCAGAUAUAAUCUGCUGCUCCGUCAGUGUCGGGGUCAGCACAGACCACAUUAUCCUGAUUAGGAGUCACUGAGAUGUGACUGAUCAAUUAGAAAUAAACGCAGCUCCUUCAUCUGCUAAAUAUAAUCCUCUACUGAGUGUUGAAGCACUCGUGGCAUGAAAUGAGGGUCUCAUAAAGGAUCCCACCGAGUUUGUCCAAGGGUUGUGUUGACUUAAAUUUAGGAGGAAGAAGAAGGAAGCUCUCUGAGUGAGGAUGGAUAAGCAGCAUGUGCUGGAGCGGAGGUCUGGGUAUCAGGAGGGAAAGUCUGAUCAUGACACAAUCAUUCAAUGGUCCCUAAAAUUCAAGGUUAAUGUGUGAAUUUUCCUCUCCUCCUCCUCCUCCUGCUCCUCAUCAUCAUGGCUGUGGUCUAACCCUAAAGGCGUUGAACAGUUUAGUGUGUCUCUCAUCGGUCCACGCCUCCACCCUCUGCACCAACAGCAAACAGUAUCAGACUAGUCUAUCAGUGAUAGUGGCUCAUACAUCAGAAAUGUGGUUUUAGUGCCCUGCAGGAAGCAGCUCCACUCCUGACUUUGGUCACAGAACCUGUUUGUCUUCAUGCUCCGGCUCUGCUGCACCCGCCUCUCUCGCUCUAAUGAUGCCGUUUGUUUGCAGACUGUGUCCCUGCCAUCAUUUCAGGGAUUUAGUGGCCCUGGAUUUCUCCAGAAAUAUAUCGUGCAUCACAGGCGCUCUCUGUUUGACAUGAAAGAGAAUGAACGUAUGAGCUCGGAGGGGGCUGCUGCUGUUGGAGCGAGAGGGGACCCCCUCUUUGUGGCUUUAUCGAAUAUUCAUUCAAGCCCCAAAAAGAUUUAAACACUGACUCUGAUUUGGCUUUUAUUUACUGUGUUAUUCAGCGCUGAAGUUCAGUGGAACAGCAGGACAACAGAGUGUAAAACCCUCCGAUAAAUCUCUAAAUAAAUCAGUUCAUCAGUUUGUCGGUCUGUCCUGACAGAAGUAUGAAAUCAAUCCAGCAGUCGCAGCCUAAAGGCAGCGCUGACCCCAAGUGUUUUAAUCAAUCACUGAUCAUUUUCAGGAUCAAUCACUCAGCAGAUUUGUCAAAGGUCAGACAUGUAAAAAAGCUGAUCACACCCAGUUUUAGUCCCAAACAUCGUUAAUUUGCUUUAAUAUUUUACAGAAAAUCUUCAUUAUCUGUCAGAUUCACUGAUUCAUUUGUUCGGAUCAGCUUCUGUUGUGAGAGUAUACUAGGUGUCUUAAUAAAGCUCCAGUCUGCACAUUUCAAACCUGCUAAAACAAUCAUCUGAAUAGAUAGAUGGUAAAGUUCCAGCCCUGUUUCAGCUCUGCAUGCCGUGCUUCCAGCAGUUUCAGUCAGAAACACAGUUUCCCAGCAGUCACAUCAGCUGAUCGGUCUGCCCUUUGAUGCUCCCGUCGAUGUGCCCACGCUGAACCCGCCAUGGUCUGACGAGCUGCCUCUGAGGACUUAUUCCACACCAGCUGCAGCUCCGUUAACUAAAGCUCACCGAGUACACCAGACCUUUUUCUUCAAUUUGAUUCCUGCAUGAAAACCGUGUCAGAGUGAGAGGGUUCUCUGCAGGCUGUGAAAUGCUCAUCUAUCUUUUUUAUAAGUCUAAUGUCACUCUUCUUCUUCUCCUUCAGUCUCCAGACAAGCAGAGGGCUCUGGAGGAAACCAAGAACUACACCACCCAGUCUCUGGCCAGCGUAGCCUACCUGAUCAACACGCUGGCCAACAAUGUGCUGCAGAUGCUCGACAUCCAGGCGUCGCAGCUCCGCCGUAUGGAGUCCUCCAUCAACCACAUCUCACAGGUUAGAGACACGUUUUUUUUCAGAAAUCUUAAAAAAGUGGGAAUUUCAAGAUUUAAUCUAAAGAGCUGCAGGAUUUCUGCUCUGCUGCUGAUUCCCGGUGAAACAGUUUUGAUUUGGCUUCAGUCAGCCAUGUUACCUCCAGAAGAAGAAGAACCUGAACCUGCAGCUUCAUGCAGAAACAGAGUUCACCAGGUUAUCAAGUAAAGAGAGAGAGUCGUUGAAAAACCAAAGAUCCAGACCUGACUCUAUAGAGACCAGAAGAGAGCAGGGUGAAUAUUGUGAUCCGGUUCAUCAGGUGGACCUGCAGAUAAAUUCACCACACUCACUAAAGAACAGCAGCAGCAGCAGCAGUGUUGUGUUCAGACUGGUUUGUUUGUAGGUUUGAGUUUGUGGGAGUCUGAAGCAGUGAUUUAUUUAGCUCUUCACCUUACAUGUGUGCAUGCAUAAUUCAGUCCAUCUGCAGUGUAGGCAGGUGCUGGAGCUGCACGCUGGGUUCAAAAAGGUGGUGUGUGUUUUUUACAGCUUAAAUAAAGACGCUCCUCACUCUUCUUCUUCUUCAUCUCUCUGUCAAAGUUACUGUGAUAAAACUGAGGAGCAGCAGGUGUAUUCGUGUUUGAAUUCUCAUAGAAAUCCCCUCCUCUCUGUCUCCUCACUUAAGACGGUGGACAUCCACAAAGAGAAGGUGGCCCGGCGGGAAAUCGGCAUCCUCACCACCAACAAAAACACGUCCCGCACACACAAGAUCAUCGCCCCAGCCAACCCCGAGAGGCCUGUGCGCUACAUCCGCAAACCCAUCGACUACAGCGUGCUGGAUGACAUGGGCCAUGGUGUGAAGGUGGAUGUUCUCUUCUCUAUUCUCUCUUGUCUGAUUGAUGAAGAUCAUUGCAGAAGCCUGGAGUCAAACACUGGCAUGACGACAAAAUAAAACAUGGUUGUGUUUUAUUUGAACUUUAUUGAAGUUAUUGAAGGAAAUGAUGGAUCUGAAGAUGCUCCUCUCCUCUGCUGAUAGUUGUUAGUGUUUUAGUCUGUUCAUGUCAAAAUAAAAGAGUUUACUCCUUUUUAAAGCUCGACCUUCUGAGACAAAGAUGAGUUUGUUUUCCAGCUAAUCAAACCUCUGACUUCCACCUUCCAGAGAACAGAUUCCUCUGAGUUCACAGUCAGCCUUUGUUUCCUGAAUCUAACCUGCAUGAAGAAUUGUUGUUUUUCUUUCCUCCUUCACAAACUAAUUCUCUGAUCUCUCUCUCUCUCUCUCUUUUUUUCUGCUUGCCUCAUUUUGUCUUUAUAACCGUAGUGGUUGCAAAGGUUUAAGGUAAGACUUUCAGAGAAGUGAGGGUGAUGUUGAAUGAGAAGUUGACCGUGUUACCCUGUUGCUGUGAGAGACUUCAUUUUCACUCUGAUUUCAGUUUGUCCGUUUGUUUUUGAUCCGAGGACGAGUUUGACACUUUGGGACUCACUCUUAUUUGCUGCUUUUGGUCCAGAGUGAGACCAGAAGAUGAAAACCACUUUCCUUUCUGCCUGCUGAGUUUGAAGUGGAAACAAGAGGGAAACGGGAGUAGUAAAGCUGCACAAAUUACCACCUUAAAUCUCAUUAGUUUAAUCUGCUUUCCCACUUUUUGGAGGGAUUAAACAAACAAGAUCGAAGGUGGUAAUCAGUGAGCUUUAGAGGAUUUUGGCGGGCGAGCCUUUUCCUGUGUUUUCAGCCUUCAAAAAAGCGGGUUUAACGAAGUCCUGGCUCUGGAAUCAUCCGUAGGAGACAGAAAUAGAAGACGAGACAAACUUUCUCAUCAAAAGACUCGGAGCCUCAAAUGUCAAACUUGUCCUUUCUUAAAGUUGUCCUUUCUUUUUUUGAGACGUGUGUCCAACCCGCUGUCUCCGCCCACAGGCCAGCGCUCAGAACAUGAAAGCCGGAGGAGGCGGACUCCCUCACACCAACCCCCCCACACAGAAGCCCCCCAGCCCGCCCAUGUCGGGUAAAGGGACCCUUGGGUAUGUAUGACACCCUGAGGUGUGCUCAGGUGGGUGUGUCCGUGGACACGGGCUGCUCAGAGCCUCACUGUAUUUUUGUGCAGCUGUUCCAGUAAGUAGGAGGAUCCAGUUACUCCCAGUUUCAUCAUCGCCCCUUCACCUCCCAGUUUAAUGAGUGUCCUCAGGGUGGUUUAAGAUCCAGUCACAGUGGGGGGACAGGGUCUGGAGGAUCCCUCUCUCAGCCUAAUGAGCUCCACUCUGACUUCCUCUUGUUUUGAACUCCAUGCUGAAAUUUGGAGCUUCUCACUGAAACAGAUGGUGGAAACACUCUGGAUCAGGUCUUGUUGUGUCAGGAUGUUAAACACUGAGGUUCUGCUCCUUCAGGAUUUGUCGGUCUCUUUUAACAGAAACAUUAAUGUUAAAAAGUCGUUUCCUGGUCUCAGAGCUGGAUCUGUUUCCUCCUCUGUGUGUCUGAUGGUGAAGGAUCUCUGAUAGUCCAGCUCCUUCACGUUGUGUUCUCCUCACCUGUGAGACCUUCCUGAGUGCUCUUUGUGUUCGUGUGUUCGUGUGUUCGUGUGUGUGUGUGUGUGUGUGUGUGUGUGUGUGUGUGUCCCUUCAAGAUGCAUGCUGAUCAACCACAGCUCCAACCUUCCCAUGAUGCACCUCUUGCCGCAGCCUGAGGCUACGGGCGGCCAUCUUUACUCGUGGUCAUGAGUUAGAUUGUCUCUCCUCUGUUGUUCCUCGUUUUUGGUUUUUGGACUUGACUUCCAGUUGUGUUUUGUUUUGUGACACCGUCCUCCCACUCCUGGCUGCCCCAUAAUCUCCAUAGCAACCAUAGCGACAGUGCUCAGAGUCGGGUCACCCGCUGUGUCAGCUGGUACAUUUACAUACCGGCCUCAGAUCGAUAAAGACCAGGGUUGUGUUUUUUCACUCACCACAUUUUCAAACUGCGGAGCGCUGCUGUCGCCUAAAAAACACACACACACCUGUUCUGUUCAAGACAAAAUGACUACGAGUGUGUGUGAGUGUGUGUGUAGGCAGGCAGGCAGGGAGUCAGCUGUCAGUUCAGACUUGGACAGUUAUCUCUGAAAGGAGAAGGACUCACACACCUGAAGCUGAAUACAAACAGACGACUAGUGUUUGAUUUAUACUGAAGGCUAAAACAUACAGGAGGCGUAUUUGGAGCGUGGCAGCAGCAGCGCCGCGUAUCACGCAUCGUGUCCAGAGCAGCUCUGCUAAAGAAGUGUGGCGAGUCGAUUUUCGCUGCUCUGCGCUUCUAAAGCGCGUCAGUCCACACAGAGAAGAUCGUUUCUAGACAGGACGAACCGCGCACGUCAUCCGUUAUUUCAAAAUAAAACACCAUACGCAAACUCCUGACUGUAUCAGUUGGUGUAGAUGAGAAAUACUUCCUGGUUCUGGAUUUAUCAGUAACACAGAACAAUCCAAUGGUCGAUUUCUGAUCCAUGUGGACCCAAACAGGACUUUGACCUGCUAACUCUGUCUGAAGGUAACAGCAGAAAGGAACAGAGUUUACUUUAUUAAACGCCACUACGCUGCUGCUACACUCCAAACACACUGAUCCUGUAUGAGAUAACCAACGCUGCUCUACAGAGAAAAUACGGAUCCUGUAUGUUUUCAGCUUAAAGUAUUUGAAUGUGUUAUAAAGAGCUUCUGUUUAACCUUCUAAAACUAUCAUUAUACUCAGAGAUGAGACAUGAAGACAAACAGAGACACAAGCCUGAAAGUGUCUGACAGGACCUGUGAAUGAAUGGAACUGAGCUCCGGUCUUCAGCGGAGGGUUGAGCAGCGUGAGAGUGCGCAGGAUCAGGUUUGGGGUUCAGAGCCGUAAAGUCGGUCCUUUUCUAACCCUUACAUCGGUUCAGAGAAAACACCCCUUUGUCUGACAGGAAGUGUGAUUUUUAGCCGACAGCAGCGACUGGUCCUGACUCCGCCCACCAACACCUGGGGAUUCACCAACCAAUCCCAGCGUCCACCACCUGUCACACCCCAUUUUUUUAAGUUUGCACUUGUUUGUUUCUUGCUCUCCUCCUCCUCCUCCUCCUCCCCCUCUCCCCCUACACUUCUCUGUGGAUGCCCCCUCCUCCUCCCCCCUCGACUCUGUCCUCCUGACCCUCUCGCAGGCGCCACUCCCCCUAUAGGACGCUUGAGCCAGUGCGUCCGCCCGUUGUCCCUAACGACUACGUCUCAAGCCCGACGCGCAACAUGGCGCACCCCCAGCAGAGCCCCGCACGCACUGCAUCCGUAAAUCAGAGGAACCGCACGUACAGGUACCCCCCUCCCAAUACCCAGCAUGCCUCUGUACACUUGUUAACACGCCCACUUCUUCCCUUGCCUCCUUCUUCUUCUCCUCCUCUUCCACAAUGACAAAGUGAGCCAACAUGCCUCUUCUUCUUCUUCUUCUUCUCCUUCUUCUUCUUCUUCUUCUUCUUCUUCUUCUUCUUCUUCUUCUUCUCCUUCUUCUUCUUCUUCUUCUUCUUCUCCUUCUUCUUCUUCUUCUUCUUCUUCUUCUUCUUCUUCUUCCUCUUCCUCUUCUUCUCCUCCUCCUGGAAAGUCUCUCUCAGUGUCCUCUCUCCAUUUUUAAAAGUUUUGGUGCAGCUCUGAGGACACGCCCCAGUUUUUCGAACCCUCGCCUGUUCUGUCUCCUGUCUGCUCAGAAAAGGGCGAAGGGUGAAGACUCAGAGCCGUUUUUAGCACAGCGAGACGCAGGUUCCCGUGGUAAUGGUCCUCAGAUAGCCAGCGUGGCCCCCCUCAGUCCUGUCUCCAUGAUGAGACAGAAACCUGCAGUGGUUCCUGUCAGCUCUGAGAAGAGUCCAAACAGGAGGAACAGCCUGAAAAUCCUCGUCCCCGCGCCCCAUCUGUUGACCAAAUGGUUUUGAUAUCUCUGCUCCGGAAAUAGACCAGAUAGCUUUCCCCUGACUCUCCUCUCAGCACGGGUCUUUGUGUGCACCGCUCCAUCCACAGCUCAUCUUCCUCAUCACCCGGCCGUGCGCUCUCUCCUGUCUGCCCCAUCUGUCUUUAUGCUUCCAGCUUCUCCACUCUGUCAUAUCUGCGUCCUUGUCUCCUGCGUCACCUGUGUUGUGUGUCCUUGGCGAGGCUUCCAGCUGCUUCUUUUUAUCACUGUGACAUAGUCAUUUCAAAGGCAUAACGGCUCACGCUAACUCAUCAACUCUCUGGACGCCGCCGCCAGAAAAACGGGAGAUAAGAGAGGCUAAAACAGAGCUCACCUGAGCUGCAUUAGUCCAGGAUGGUUUCCCACCAGACACAGGGAGGGGUUUGUUCAUAAAUCACUGCAGCGUAUCCAGAACAGUGCAAAGAUAAUCCAUCAGAUGUUGAGAUGAAAGAAAUGUCUCAUGAAAACAUAUUUGCAGCAGGUCAAAAUGUGACGUAGUUUUGGUGGACGCUGCAUCCUCUGAAGUAGAGAGACCUUCACACUACAGAUGAUCCAUAUAAGGGCAUACAGGAAGUUUGAGUGUGUGACAGACAGAGAGUGUGUGUGUGUGUGUGUGUGUUUUUGCUCUGACGUGUUUGUUGACAUACUCACACCAGCAGCGGCAGCAGCGGCGGCAGCCACCCCAGCAGCAGUCGCAGCAGCAGCCGAGAGAACAGCGGCAGCGGCAGUGUGGGCGUGCCCAUCGCCGUGCCGACCCCAGCCCCGCCCACAGCCUUCCCAGGUAACACCUGUAGCUCUCUCUCUGAGUGGAACUAACUGUACUAAUGUCUGUGAGGCAUCCAGAGUUCCUACAAGUCCUGAGGGGACGUUCCUGAACCAGGACUUGUAGGAACCCUGAAUCGUGGAGUGGUGUCCUCCCUCUCACUCUGAUCUGGUCUUGACUCCUUCACUUGUCCUUUCUCUUCUUUCUUUUCUGAUUUAAACCCCCUCCGUUCAGCCUCUGCCCCCUCCAAUCCCGCUAAACCUCCUCCCAACACCGCCACCACCCCUGGACCCCCCACUUCUGCCCUAGACGGCCCCCCACAGGCCCCAAACCCCCCUGUAGAGAUCCCGCCUGUCCCCCCUCCCCCUCCCCAGCUCCCUGCCUCUGCGGCCCCCACCGGCACAGGCCCCGCAACUUACGGCAACCCUGCACAAGGUGAGUGUGACCCUGAGGGAGCAGCUCAUCCACCCCUCCGCGCUCACCUCCUGCCUCUCCCCCCCGCCCUCCCUGACAUUCAUCCUCCUGAAACACCCAGACCCAUCCACCAGAACCUCACGGCCACCUCAGUUAUCAUGAAGGUAAAAACUCAGUCAGCUCAGAGUAUGAAACCGACCCGGGUCUCUUUGAACCUGAGUGAGCUGACACAUCCUCUCUAAAGCAGCUCUUCAUUCAUAGAUAAACACGGAGAUGAUGUCUGACACACAAAUCAACAAACACACACACAGACACUGUGUCUGUUCCUGAUACUGGGGUCCGGUCAGACAACACCGCAGGUAUUUACUGAGAAGAAGGAGCUGAGGACGCAGACCUCCUCACUCUAUUUUAUAAAGUUAAUGAGGAGAGAUGAAGAACAACCAAUCAGAGAGGAGUUUCUGAGGUCUGGGAGCAGCUCUCCUCCAUCUCAGACUGAAUCUUUGUUCUUAAUAAAGACGUUCAGCUCUAAAGGUCACAGCCGAACUCUUAGUUUAUGAAUAUUUGAUCAAAACUGUCUGAGCGGUCCAAACUCCGGGUCGCCUGUCCAGAGCCCGGCUCUUCCUCCCACCUCCCUCCCUCCCUCCCAGGUUUCAUUUCACACGGCUGAUGGAUGCUCCGCUCUUCAUCCCUCACAGCUUUCAUCAGCCGCCUGCAUCUGUGAUGAUGAUGAUGAUGAUGAUGUUGAUGCAUGAGCGCUGUGGUGAACCGCUUGCUCAGUGAAUUCCUCAUUCAUAAGAACUCAUUCAGGCCUUUAUUCUGGGUGUCGUGUGUGUGUGUGUGUGUGUGUGUGUGUGUGUGGUGCUGCGAUCAGAACCCUGCUGGUCCGACUUUAAUCCAGAUGGGUGUCGUUCUCCUGUAAACUUUGACUCUUGGUGAUUCGUCUGUAACCUCACAGUCAAAUAAAGCAGAGAUCUGUGUGUCCAGCGGUGAAAAACAAACUCCGUCCUCUCCUGUCAGCUGGUGACUGUCCCUCUGCUGCCCUCUGCUGUUGUCUUUCUGCAGGUGCCGCUCAGUUUUACAGCAUGAAUCGACCCGCGCAGCCACCUCAGAACCAGCAGGUGGGGGGCUCGCUGCCGUACCGCAGACCCUCUUCUGUCACCAGUCAGCCCAACGUGGCCCACAACCAGACCCAGCUCAACGGGGGACCGCACUUUGCUCAGAACCAAGGUACAGAGGUUUUCCAGGAGGUCCGCUCCAGUUUGAUCAUCUCCAGUUUCUGCCCUGUACUGAACGCCAGGACGGCGUGGAGUCAGUUUUCUCCGUUUAGAGGAUCCUCUUGUUCAGUGUUCUCAUCACCUCACACCAAAUUUCACUUCUAUUUUCACUAUUAUUUUCUAAUAAGACAGCUCCGUUCCUUCAUCAACUGUUUUAUCUGAAAACUCUCCUCUCAUACUGAAACAUUUUUGUUGGCAGAAGAAUCAACUAAACCUUCUGACUAGUUUUAUGAGAGUAAGUGUCCAGUCGCAGCUCUUGUCCGUAUUUCAGUCUGUGGACCCUCUCAGAAGUAUUUAAAGUGUUUGGUGUCAAUAAUCCAGAGAAGCAGAUCUAACCUAGAUGUCUCUCCUCCUCCGCUCUGUGUUUUCCUUCAGUCAUCGUUCACAUCCUGAGACUUUGACUAAAUGCUGUUUUUUUUUUCUUCUUCUUCUCUCCUGUCCUUUAAACUGAUGGUCUCAUGUCCUGACUGUCUUUAUGUCUGUCCUCCUCCUCCUCCUCCUCUCUGUGCGUGUUCAUACUGUCGGGUGAUAGCCGGCCCGCUCGCGCCCCCUCCCCCCUCCAUGCAGAUCACCCCUCAGCUGCCUCUGAUGGGCUUUGUGGCCCGAGUUCAGGAGACUAGUAAGUGGCUCUCAGCCCUUCAUCCCUCCCUGCAUGUCCGCCAUGGAUUUAUUUAGACCCCGACACCAGACCUUCACAUAUCUAUCUGGAAUAUUCUGACGUGAACGAGUGGUCAACCUCCACCUGCAGGUCUGUGAGGGAUCUGCUGCACUUACAUCUGAGGGACAAACACAUAAAAACGAAGGAUUCAUGUGUUUGACACAAAAACUACAAACACCAGAGCUCCUCUCUUUUCUGAUCCAACACCUGUGGACUCAAAGCUCAAAGCUCAUUGGUCCAUCCUGAAGCUUUUUAUUCUCAUUUCAUUAAAAAAAAAAACAUUUUAGAGAGUUUGAGGCUGAGAGGAAACAAAAGAAACAACCUGAAAAUCUGACGUUAGAGAAAGAAAAGAGGUUCCUCCUGCAGAGAGAGGCGGUGGUUGACCAGUCAGAAACAGAGCAUGGUGUGAAGAAUACUGAGGCGUGUGUGUGUGUGUGUGUGUGUGUGUGUGUGUGUGUGUGUGUGUGUGUGUGUGUGUGUGUGUGUGUGUGUGUGUGUGUGUGUGUGUGUGUGUGUGUGUGUGUGUGUGUGUCUUUACCCUGAUUUCCUCCCUGAAAGCGUUUCAAAGUUUGUUCAGAUUCACAUUUUGUUUCCUGUCUCUAAACUCGAUUUUCUUUGACCCCUGACCCCUGACCCCUGACCCUGCAUGGACCGUGUCUGCUCCUCUUUCUGAUGCAUGACAGUACCAGUCCGUGCCCCCCCGACACUAAUCCAGCCCUCUCUUUACGCCUCUCUAACUUGCUCUUAUUUUCCUCCCGCCCGUCUGAAAACCACUCCUAGUCUCAGACGUGCCGCCCCCACCUCCACCCUCAGAGGAGCCGGUGUUUGAAGAGCCCACACCACCUCCUCCUCCACCAGAGGACUAUGAAGAUGAUGAGGAUGAAGAAGAGUCGGCGGUGGUGGAGUACAGUGACCCGUACGCAGAGGAGGACCCGCCCUGGGCCCCACGCAGUUACCUGGAAAAAGGUCAGCCUGGCUGCGCCCCCUGGUGGUGUCACAACAUCAGCUCUUUGCUAACGUUUCUCCUUCACAGUGACCCGGGUCAAAGCGCUCACUCUUCUCUCCUCUUGUCUCCCAGUGGUGGCGAUCUACGACUACACCCGGGACAAGGACGACGAGCUGUCGUUCCAGGAGGGCGCCAUCAUCUACGUGAUCAAGAAGAACGACGACGGCUGGUACGAGGGCGUGAUGAACGGGACCACGGGCCUCUUCCCCGGCAACUACGUCGAGUCCAUCAUGCACUACGCCGACUGAGCAAUCCCCCACAUCUGAGCGAAUGUUGGAUGGGGAAGGGAAAAAGGGGGAGGGAGGGGAGCCAAGGGUUAAAGGUCAAAGACUUUGAUCAGACAGAGCAUGAUCACCUCCAGACGAAGAAAGAAAAAGAGACAGAAGAAGAAGAAGAAGAAGAAGAGGUUUAUGAAGAAGUGGCAACAUGACGAACUGAAGCCCGGUCACUCUCUCGACAUCGGCGCCAUUUACGACAACCACUACUCCUGAUAUAUCCUUCCCUGUGAUGUUUUCUUCUUUGGUUUCUGAUUGGACAGAGCGGACUUUCAGAGUUUCCUGUUACUUUAAGGGGUCACUACAUUGAUUUUGCUUCUUUCUUUUUUUUUUGUCACGGUUUGACCAAGUUGCCCUUAUUUUAAGGUCUAUUUAUUCGGAUGUUUGUAGUGGAAGAAACGCUGAGGUAGAAGUUUGGGCUGCUGAGUUGGGAUGACGGCGCUGCAGCUUCGAAGAAAGGGCUGGAGGAGAAUGCCUUCAACGAUUUUCUCCAAAACACUCCAGAGACGUUUUCCAGAGCUGACUCCUCUCUCUACACACACACACACACACACACACACACACAUAAAUAUAUAUAUGUACACACUUUAAUGCAACAACCAUAUCCUCGACAAACACUAGUUUCUGUACUUGAGUAAAUAUUUGGUAGGUAGCUCAGUGGGGAGCGUGCCAAAGCUGACCUUCACUAAAGUCAAAAAAGCACAUCUAAUAAUGUCUUAAGGUGACACAUGAAGGGAGAGAGAGAGAGAGAGGAGUGGAGGAGGAGAGAGAGAGAGAGAGCUUUAAACUGAAGUUUGUCUGAACCCAAAGGAGCAAAUUUAGUCCAGAGAAGGAAUCGUCAUCCAGCCCUCCGACUCCAGAGGAAGGCUCGAUCCUCAGUUGCACAAGAACCUGGAUUUUGAAGUCUGCAGCUCCUCUCAUGAAGUGUUUUAGCGAAGUGCUAAUCAUUUGCAGUGUUUGUAUGCAUUUGAGAUGAUCUUUUUAUUUCUGCUGUUUCACCAACGGGUCCAGAAUCGGCGUUGUGCUUGCAGAGCGGCAUGUUUGGAAGAGGGGAAAAAAAAAGUUCUUUUCUGCUCUACUGAUGAUUAAUGUCUUAAUAUUUUUAGAUAUGGUGUGGUUUGGUUUUUGAUAUUCACCCACGACAAAGACUACGACCAUGCAUUGAGGUCAUUUCCAAGACGCUUGUGCCAUAUUGAAGUGCGUGUUGCUGUUCAGAGGUUCUCACUUCAUUUGCAAUAAAUCGGCCGGAGUGAAGUUUCAUGGAACUACAAAAACGUUUCCUUUUCCAGUAAAUCCCAGAGUUGUUUUCGAUCAAAAGCACAUACAUUUGUAGUUUAAAAAAAAAAAAGGUGUAGAAGAAGAAAUAAUCUAAAUGUGAGAUGUAUUAUGUCCUACAACAGGACUCAUUGAAUAUGAUAAAGAAGCCAGCUGUUGUGUUGAAAUGGUUUGAACCGUCGCGAGCCCCCGACACUCUUCAACGCCGUGGGUUGAGGCGUUGUUUGUCCUCCGUAAAGUUUCCGAUCCGCUCGGCUGUUGGUGGUUUGCGAGGGCUCAGUGCUUGUACUUAUGUCAGAGUUUUUAUUUUCUAUAAAAAAAGAAGAAAUAAUAACAAGUGGGUCUGUAUGUGAGUCUUGCAUGCCAUUGUUCUUAUCUGUACUGGUGUCCCAAAAAAACCUUACGUGGCCAGAUCACCCAUCCUCCUAAAGACAAGCAGCCCUGCAGCUCCCGCCAGGAACCACCAGCCUCAUCCAAAGAGACUGUAACUCAAGCCCACGUCCGAGGAGCCGAGCUCUGACCUGAGGGGGAGGAGGGAGGGAGGGAGGGAGGGGAGGGAACCCGGCUCCCUCCCCCCUCUGACUGUAGCCGCUGUUACGUCCGUGGUGAAUAACCCCAUCAUGUGUAAGCUGCUAGUGAACCCUGCGGACAGAGAAAUCUCCCUGAGGUGACCGCCGAUAACCCCGACACUCCGAUCAAUCGAAGCUUGUUUCAUAACACUCAGAAGACCACACUGUCAAAGUCCAAGCCCUCGGUCUGCAGGAGUCACAGACGUCCUCGGGGAUGUCAAGUUUAACAGUCCAUAAUGCCAUUGUGUUGCACAGUUAAAGUUGAAUUGCAGAAGUAUCAUAUUUGUAAAAUCAUGAGAACAAAGACAAUAAAAUUAUCAAGAUUUAUCCCU